GAAAGUAAUCAUGAAAUGGUGAAUGCCCUUACUCAACAAAUGGGAACUAUUUUUACUCCCAUGAUAAACAACACGAACCAAAGUUAUGAAAUAUUGGCUAGACAAGUGGCCAGAAUAGCAGAUUUCUUUGGAGCACCCCCACAACAAAACCUUUCGACUCCACAAGGGUCAAAUGUUAGAGUAGUUGAAACUCCUAGAAAUGGGGAACAAAUUGAACAAGAAAUCCCUAGAGUAGUACAAAGGCAUCAAGAUGCUGAUCAGGUUCUUAGAAAUAUCCAGCAAGAUGUCAAUGUUGGACACAAUAAUAUCUCUAAUGUAGUCGAACAAAUCUUAGUUCAGAAUGGAAUAAAUGUAGGUUUGCACAGACCAAAUUUUGUUUCCCCAUUGUCAGAGUACGUAAGGCAGACAGAAUUGCCUAGGGGUUGGAAAAUUCCAAAAUUUACCAAAUUUGCUGGUGAGACUGGCGAAUCGACAGUCGAACAUAUUGCUAGGUUCCAGACAGAGGCUGGAGAAUUAGCAAACAAUGAGAAUUUAAAAGUGAAAUAUUUCCCAAGUUCUUUAACAAAAAAUGCCUUUACUUGGUUCACGACCUUACCUCCACAAUCUGUAUUUUCAUGGAGUCAGUUAGAACGAUUGUUCCAUGAACAGUUUUAUAUGGGACAGUCGAAGAUUAGUUUAAAAGAAUUAGCUGGAGUUAGGCGAAAGGGUACAGAAACGGUCGAUGACUACCUCAACCGUUUCAGGUUAUUGAAAGCUAGAUAUACCCAACAUUUAAGGGAUAUGGCACAACUGGCAAACAGAGUACGCCAGGUCGAAAGGCUAAAAGCUGAAAAAGCCAGAGUUAGUAAAUAUCAUAAGAAAGAAAAGAUAGCUUAUGUUACUACAAAUGAGUUCGACUCUGAUAGUGAUAGUGAAUACGAAGAGGGAGAGGUCAAUGUGGCUGAAUUGAAGCCAGGACCACCAUAUAUUUGUAAAUUACUCAAGCCCUCAAAAGAUAAAAAUCCGAUCGAAAAUAAAAAUGAUAAAUUUUCUAGUAAAACGUAUUCAUUUGAUAUAACAAAAUGUGAUGAGAUAUUUGAUUUGUUAGUAACUGAUGGGCAAAUCAUAGUACCCCCAAGACUUAAGAAUCCUCCUCUUGAACAAAAGAAUAAAAGAGGAUUUUGUAAAUUUCAUAAUUUCCUGGGUCAUAAGACUUCUCAAUGUGUUCUUUUCAGGGAUUUGGUGCAGAAAGCUUUGAAAGAAGGAAGGUUACAGUUUGGAGAAAAGCCAAAGUCAUCAAUGCAAGUGGAUACUGAUCCCUUGCAAGUUGUGGCUGAUUUUAUAGUUGACCAUGGGUUAGUCGAGCUAUCUGUAAAUCUAGUCGAUCAAACUAACUGGAAGUUGUUUUUUUACGGUUCUAGUCAUAAAAAUGGAUCAGGAAUUGGAGUCCUGAUUAUUUCUCCUGAAGGACUUCCAACCAAGUUCCACUAUAGAAUGAAGGAUGUAUGUUCUAAUAACGAAGUCGAAUACGAAGCUUUGAUAACCGGUUUGAAAGCCCUAAUAGACUUGGGGGCAAAGCGAGUUGAAAUUCGAGGUGAUUCUGAGCUGAAAUUCAUUUACAGUCAGCUAGAAUUCAACGACAAAACAGUCUUUUGUCUGAUGAAUACUGGAGUAUGA